AUGUUGUCAUUUUGUCCGUAUUGUGCUAAUAUGUUAAUAAUGGCUCAGAAAGAUGAUGGGUGUAACAGGUUUUUCUGUCUGACAUGCCCCUACGAGUUUAAGAUCGACGGAUUCCAAAUGUAUGAUCGUAAGAAGUUAUCGAGAAAAGAAGUUGAUGAUGUUUUAGGUGGUGAAGGAGCUUGGGAUAAUGUUGACCAGACAUUAGCACAAUGUCCUAUUGACUCAUGUGGUGGGGAUAAGGCAUAUUUUUUUCAACUUCAAAUCAGGUCUGCCGAUGAGCCUAUGACCACAUUCUAUAAGUGCGUUAAAUGUUCCCACCAAUGGAGAGAAAACUGA